AUGGCGCAUCUACGAGGCGGCGCUGCGUUGCGAAACGCCCGCCAACAACUGCAACUGCGCAGCAGCGCUUCUUGCCGCUCGCCCAUCAUCAUUGCGCGCUGGUACAGCAUGCAAAUCGAACCGGAGCACCCCAAGCCCCCGCGCGAGGGCAACUCGGCCAAACUGGGCCGCUCGUUUCAGGGCCAGGUCAUGGGCAGCAUCGGCGCGCGUCUGCGGAGAGAGCGCGAGCAGCGUGCGCAGUACGAACAAUGGCGCAACACGACAGAUCCCGCGAGGAACUGGAUGAUCACAUUCUUCUUCCUCUCUAGCAUCGGCAUCGCUUACUGGUUGGGCACCUACUGGCCCCGCGAGCCCGAACCCUCUUCGACGCUGCCGCUGCCCAAGUCCAAGAUCCCCAGGCACAACACCAAGCUCGAGAACAUGCAGGCCGCCUGGGCCGACUUUGUGCGCGUCCUCGGCAAGGACAACGUGAGCACGCUUCCCGCCGACCUCGAGCAGCACGCGACGGCCGACUGGUCCUCGCACCGGCCCAACCCCGACGAGCGGCCGUUUUGCGUCGUCUUCCCAAGCUCCACCGAGGAGGUGUCGGAGAUCAUGAAGAUCUGCCUUCUGCGACGCAUCCCCGUCGUCGGCUACAGCGGGGGCACCAGCCUCGAGGGCCACUUCACGCCGACGCGCAAGGGCGUGUCUAUCGACUUCCGCCGCAUGGACAAGGUUCUGCAGCUGCACAAGGACGACCUGGACGUGGUGGUGCAGCCGGCGGUCGGGUGGGAGCGGCUCAAUGAGGAGCUCGGCGCGGACGGGCUCUUCUUCCCGCCGGACCCGGGCCCCGGCGCCAUGAUCGGCGGCAUGGUCGGCACGGGCUGCAGCGGCACCAACGCGUACCGCUACGGUACGAUGCGCGAGUGGGUGCUAAGCCUGACGGUGGUGCUGGCCGACGGCACCGUCAUCAAGACGCGCCAGCGGCCGCGCAAGAGCUCCGCCGGCUACGACCUCACCAAGCUCUUCAUCGGCUCCGAGGGCACGCUCGGUCUCGUGACCGAGGCGACGCUCAAGCUCGCGGUCAAGCCGGCGUCGACGAGCGUCGCGGUCGGCACCUUCCCGACCAUCGGCCACGCGGCGCGGUGCGUGGCGCGGGUCGUCGGCUCAGGCGUGCCGGUGGCCGCGGUGGAGGUGCUCGACGACGAGCAGAUGCGCUUCAUCAACGAGGCGGGCACCACAUCGCGCGCGUGGGCCGAGGCGCCGACGCUCUUCUUCAAGUUCGCCGGCACGCCCGCGGGCGUCAAGGAGCAGGUGGCGACGGUGCAGGCGCUGGCGCGCGCGGCGGGCGCGAGGUCGUUUGAGUUUGCACGCAGCGAGCAGGAGCAGGACGAGCUGUGGAGCGCGCGCAAGGAGGCCCUCUGGAGCACCAUGGCGGUCAUGAAGCCGGGCGACCGCGUCUGGACGGGCGACGUGGCGGUGCCGAUGAGCAGCCUCCCGCAGCUGAUCGACGAGACCAAGGAGGACAUGCGCAAGAGUGGUCUGCGGGGCUCAAUUGUCGGCCACGUCGGCGACGGCAACUUUCACUCCAUCCUCAUCUACAACGAUGCUCAGCGCAAAAAGGCAGAGACGGUGGUGAAGCGCAUGGUGAAGCGCGCCGUCGAGAUGGAGGGCACGGUGACGGGUGAGCAUGGCGUUGGUCUGGUUAAGAGGGACUACUUGGAGCAUGAGCUCGGCGUGACGACGGUCGACACGAUGCGACAGAUCAAGAAGGCCCUCGACCCGCUGUGCCUGCUGAACACGGACAAGGUUGUGCGCAUGCAGAAGCCAGGCAAGGGCGACAAGAUUGAGGAGUGGUAG